GCUCCAUCCAAUCAGAUUGCGGCUCUCUGCAGGCUGAAGCAGCGGCUGCAGGUGCGGGAUCCGGAACCGGUCCUCCUUCCGAACCAUGGAGCGCCUGGUUCUGAUGCGUCAGUGAGCAGCUCACGAUGAUGUCCUCUUUCUACCACCCGACCAAGAAGGCGGAGAUGGCGGCCAUGACGGAGCCGCUGUGCCUGGAGCGAGAUGUGUGCAGGGUGAUCGAACUGCUGGACCGGCUGCAGAGAACCGGGGAGCUGCCUCCUCCCAAGCUGCAGGCCCUGCAGAGAGUCCUGCAGAGCAAGUUCUGUGCCGCCAUCAGGGAGGUGUAUGAGCAGCUCUAUGACACUCUGGAUAUUGUUGGAGGCCCAGAAGUCCGAGCUCAAGCAACAGCGAAGGCAACAGUGGCAGCCUUCGCAGCCAGCGAGGGUCACGCCCACCCGAGGGUGGUGGAGCUUCCCAAAACCGAGGAGGGCCUUGGCUUUAACAUCAUGGGUGGGAAGGAGCAGAACUCCCCCAUAUACAUCUCCAGAGUUAUCCCUGGGGGGGUGGCCGAUCGCCAAGGAGGGCUGAAGAGAGGAGACCAGCUGCUGUCAGUCAACGGAGUGAGCGUGGAGGCAGAGCAACAUGAAAAGGCAGUGGAGCUGCUGAAAGCCGCCCAGGGCUCGGUGAAGCUGGUGGUCCGCUACACCCCCAAGGUCCUGGAGGAGAUGGAGGCUCGCUUUGAGAAGAUGAGGAGCGCCAGGAGACGACAGCAGCACAACAGCUACUCGUGAGACUUCUUAUCUCUGGAGUCCAGAGGCUAACCGCUCCAGUACCUCUGCACACCUCAUCAUUCCACCUUCCUGACUCUUCUCUCCUUGUGGGAGGAGCUUAUGGGAAUGAAAGAACCCCCAGCGUAGCCUGUUACCUGAAGCCAAUGCUAAAGAUUCGGGUUUUUCUCUCCUGCUCCUCCGUAUCACUCCAAACACCGAGUACUUUUGCUGUAAACUUCUGGCUCUAAUGCUGAUCCUCUGAUUCUAUCUCUGUGUUCCUCCAAUGCUGGGGGGGCGGGACCAGUUCCUGGGGGGCUUCUAUCCUGCAACUUUUAGACGUGGCUUUGGUUCAACACACCUGAAUCAAUUCAUUAAAUGAUUGAGAGGAAGAUGGAGGAACUGACUGAAUACUGAGGAGGAAACUUAGGUGUGUUGGACCAAGGAUGGAUCUAAACGUUGCAGGGAACCCCCCCCCCCAGGAAGUGGAACUGCCCACCCCACCUCUGUGUAGCUUCAAGCCAGUCUCAGUAUCCUCAGUCUGCUCCUGGCCUUGUUGGCAGAGGAAAGGUUUCCACUUGUUCCUCAGAGAUGUUAGCUACAGGGCUAACGCUCCAUUCCCGCGGCUGGUUGGUGUUACUGAACGGCUGGAGUUUAUUUUGUUAGUGUUUAAUGUGAUGUCAUAUCCUCUCCCAGAAUAAAUCCUAAGUGUUCCUGCUUUA